GCCGGAGCAAAGCCCAGCACUGUCCAGCUUCAUGUCCGCAUGUGCGACGACACGGCAAAGGCUCAGGGUGAAGCCAUCGGCAUUCUAGGCACGAACCUGGUCUACCUUUGCAACUUCGCUCGGGAUCCCGUGGUCAUCACAUCUUUCCUGCUAGAUGCCGUUGAGGAUGGCCGCUUGGAGGUGGACUUUGUUGAGUUCUCCGGCCCUGCUUUUCCCGAGGAGACUUUGGACUACCGGCUGCUGGCGAUGAAGAUGGUGGAGUUCAAGGUGGCAGCGUCUGUGCUCCUUCUCUUUGACGAGGCGAAGCAGAGGUACGUGCAGGCCGUGCCCAACAAUGCCUUCUACAAGCGUCCGAUCGUUGUGCAGAG